ACUGCGUAAGUCCUAGCAGGCUGCAGCUGUCUGAGAGCAACAAUAACAAGCCUCAUCCAGCAGCUACUUCAACGCGACCGAAGCGCGACAUGACAGCGCCAAAUACGACCACAUUUAGCAGGAUGCGGCGGUCGGAGUAAGCCUCGCCUUCGUCUCCUCUUCCUCUCAGUCGAAUUGCGCGUUUUCGUCGCAGCAAGCGCCGCGAAUCAAACAGCAGACUCGGCCGCUAGGGACCAAGACAGUUCGGGGCUGCAUCUGGGUCAGUGGGCCUAUCGGCAGCUGUACCGGUGCUUGAUCAUCCGUUCCGUUUCACCUCCUGCACCCAAACCGUGCUAGCAUGCAGGCUAACGGGGACGCACAAGACAGAGACCCGGAAUUGUCCUGUCGAAACGGCACCCAGAACUGCGAGUCGUCCGCCGCCGGGGCAGCUCGCUCCAACGGACUGGUGUCAGUCAACAAUGGAAACACGGUGAGUACAAACAACGGAGUGUCAGCACAGCCCGCGUCCAACAACAACAACAACAACAACCCAACCGACAGCAACUGUGGCGGCAAGAAGAAGAAGCGCUUGUCUCAGUCCGAGGAAGACGUCAUCAGGCUCAUCGGACAACAUUUACACGAUUUAGGUCUCAAUCAGACGGUGGACCUCCUGAUGCAAGAAUCGGGCUGCAGGCUGGAGCAUCCUUCUGCCACCAAGUUUCGCAAUCACGUCAUGGAAGGAGAAUGGGACAAGGCUGAAAGUGAUCUAAAUGAGCUGAAGGCACUGAUGCAUUCUCCUACUGCUAUAGUGCGUAUGAAGUUCCUGCUGCUGCAGCAAAAGUACCUGGAGUACUUGGAGGACGGUAAAGUGUUGGAAGCUCUGCAGGUUCUCCGGGCCGAACUCACUCCUCUCAAGUACAACACGGAGCGCAUCCACAUUCUGAGCGGGUACCUGAUGUGCAGUCACGCAGAGGACCUACGAGCCAAAUCCGACUGGGAAGGCAAAGGCACUGCGUCCCGAACAAAGCUGCUGGACAAACUCCAGACUUACCUGCCACCAUCGGUGAUGCUGCCUCCCCGCCGACUGCAGACUCUGUUAAAGCAGGCGGUGGAGCUUCAGAGGGAGCGUUGCCUCUACCACAACACGAAGCUGGACAGUGGACUGGACUCUGUGUCUUUGCUGCUGGACCACGGCUGCAGCCGGAAGCAGUUCCCCUGCUACACUCAACAAAUCCUUACUGAACACUGCAACGAAGUCUGGUUCUGCAAAUUCUCCAACAAUGGCACCAAAUUGGCAACCGGCUCCAAAGACACCACAGUGAUUAUCUGGCACGUCGACACGGAAACAAGACAGGUGAAGUUGAUGAAGACUCUGGAGGGUCACGCGUACGGGGUCUCCUACUUGGCGUGGAGCCCCGACGAUUCCUAUCUCAUCGCCUGUGGUCCCGAUGACUGCUCUGAGUUGUGGCUGUGGAAUGUACAGACGGGGGAGUUACGAACAAAGAUGAGUCAGUCUCAUGAAGAUAGCCUCACCAGUGUGGCGUGGAAUCCAGAUGGCAAACGCUUCAUCACGGGUGGGCAGAGAGGCCAGUUCUACCAGUGUGACCUGGAUGGAAACCUGCUGGACUCCUGGGAAGGCGUUCGUGUGCAGUGCCUGUGGUGUUUGGGCGAUGGCCGCACUGUCCUCGCGUCCGACACCCACCAGCGCAUCCGGGGAUACAAUUUUGAAGACCUGACCGACAGAAACAUAGUCCAGGAGGACCAUCCCAUCAUGUCCUUCACGGUCUCCAAGAAUGGAAGACUAGCUCUGCUCAAUGUUGCGACACAGGGCGUGCACCUGUGGGACCUGCAGGACCGAGUGCUGGUGAGGAAGUACCAAGGUGUGACCCAAGGCUUCUACACCAUCCACUCCUGCUUCGGAGGCCACAACGAAGACUUCGUGGCGAGCGGCAGUGAAGACCACAAAGUUUACAUCUGGCAUCGGCGCAGUGAGUUGCCCAUCGCCGAGCUGACCGGGCACACCCGCACGGUCAACUGCGUCAGCUGGAAUCCCGUACUUCCCGGGCUGCUGGCGAGCGCCUCCGACGAUGGCACCGUCCGAAUCUGGGGACCCGCCCCUUUCCUCGAUGUUCAGGAAGCAGAGGGACUCAACGAUUGUUGCAGCAUGGACAGCUGAUGCGGCGCGGCCGCUGCUUGCCGGGAAGCCGAGGAGAUCCAAGACUCUGUUGAAACUUGAACGGCUGAAGCUUUGCUGAUUGGGCAGCUGCUUCCUGGAGGCGGGACCAGUGUGUCGGCAAGUCACGGAGAUGCCAGACUCCAUCGCACUUGGACGUCCACCUCCUCCUGAUUGGAUGAUCACCACCACCACGUAGGACCAUCCUCCUCCUCUUAUUUAUUAUCACAGACGUUUAUUUACUGUGUUCCCUCACAUAGCUGGUGGAGGGGGUGUGUGUGUGUGUGUGUGUGUGUGUGUGCGCGUGUGUGUGCGUGUGUGUGUGUGUGUGCGCGCGCGCGUGUGUGUGUGUGUGUGUUUGCUGUCUUCAGCCCUUCUUUCCCCGACCUUUGAAGGAUUUGACCUGCAGGAGAACGUUGGAUGUAAUCCCCACCCGAGAGGUCUUGUUAAAGAAAUAUCCUCCACUAAUCAAAUAAGUGCAGAAGAGAUUUGACGCCCUCACACCACCCCACACCCCACCCCCCACCCCACACCCCACACCCUGACACUCGCCUCUUUUAGUACAUUUCACUUUUCAUUUAUAGCAGGGGGUGUCCAAAAUGCGGCGCGUGGAUGAUUGGAAAAAUAUGCAGUGAUUUUACAAGAAUAAAGUCCAAAUAUUAAGAAGAAAAAAGUUGUAAUUGAGAAAAUGUUGUCAUUUUAGUAGCAUAAAGUUGACAUAUUCAAUAAAAAAUACAUUAUUUUUCCAAGUUGUAAUAUUAUGAAAAGCAAAACAGGAAAAAAUUCUUAUUUUUCUUGUCUUUUUUUUAAUAUCAGGUUGUGGAAAAAGUUACAUUUAGACAAAAUAUUCUGGGAAUAAAAACACAAUUACCAGAAGGAAAUUUGCAAGAAAAAGUUAAAACAGCAGAGAGGAAAAUUAUGUCAUUUUAGUAGCAUAAAGUUGACAUAUUCAAUAAAAAAUACAUUAUUUUUCCAAGUUGUAAUAUGAAAAGCAAAACAGAAUUUUUUUUUAUUUUUCUUGUCUCUUUUUUUUAUAUACGGUUGUGGAAAAAGUUACGAUUAGACAAAAUAUUCUGGGAAUAAAAACACAAUUACCAGAAGGAAAUUUGCAAGAAAAAAGUUAAAACAGCAGAGAGGAAAAUUAUGUCAUUUUGGUAGCAUAAAGUCGACAUAUUCAAUAAAAAAUACAUUAUUUUUCCAAGUUGUAAAAUUAUGAAAAGCAAAACAGAAAAAUGUCUUAUUUUUCUUGUCUUUUUUUUUAUCAGGUUGUGGAAAAAGUUACGAUUGGACAAACUAAAUAUUCUGGGAAUAAAGUCACAGCAGAGAGGAAAAUGAUGUCAUUUUGGUAGCAUAAAGUUGAAGUAUUAAUGAAAAAUACAUUUUUCGCACCUGUAAUAGGAUGAGGAAAAAAAAACGUGUUUAUUUUUGGGGAUUGUGGAAAAAAGCUGAAAUAGUUGGGAAAUAUCAAAAAUAACAAUAAAAAAGUCAUAAACUAGUAAUAUUAAGAAUAUUAUAAAUGUAAAAAGACAAGUCAUAUUAUCAGAAAACAGCAAAAAGUUUUUAUUUUUUUAAUUUAGGUUUGCGGAAAACGUUAAGUUAGCAGAAUAAAGUCAUAAUAUUGGAAUAAAGUUAGAAUUAUGACGAGAAAAAUGUCAAAGAUCAUUUGCAAUUUGAUGAGAACAAACUAAGUUCAAGAAGUCCAAGUCGUAAUAUUAUGACAGAAUAUUAUUUUCGAAAAUUUCGACUAUAAGUCGCACUUUUUUUCAUAGGUUGGCUGUUCCUGUGACUUUAUAUAAUAAUAAUAAUAAUAAUAAUAAUAAAAUUUAUAAAUCAUUUACCUGCAAAAAAUGCGACUUGUACUCCAGUGCGACUUAUGUAUGUUUUUUUUCUACCUAAUUAUGCAUUUUUGCGACUUAUACUCAGGAGCGACUAUAGUCCAGAAAAUACGCUAUUUGGAGAAUGAAGUCAAAAUAUGAUGGGAGUAAUGUCAGAAUUACAAGGAAGAAAAUUAGUAUGAAAAAAGUUUUUAAAAAUGGUGGAGAAAAGUCAAAAUUUUAUGAAAAUGAAGGCAAAAUUAUGUCAUUUUAGUUGUGAAAUACUGAAAAAAAAUCAUUUUAAUAAAUUGUAAAUUGAGAAAGAUUUUGGAGAAUUAGGUGAGGGAAUAUUUUGGGGAUGGAGUCAUAAAAUUAUGAAAAGAACAUGAAGAUUAUUUAAGAAGGCGGCUGAAAUAUUUGGGGGGAAAAAAGGCAGCAAAAAUUGGAAAAAGUAUAAAAAAAAGUGGAUACUAAAAAUAUGCUUUUCCACUUAUAAGACAUUAUAAGACUUAUAAGUUUGACUUUUUCUGGGAAUAUAUCAAAACUCUUAGCUUCUCUUUUCAUCUGUUAAUAUUUUCUGUAAUAUUUCUUUUCUUUCUAUUUUUGUAAUAUUAUGACUUUAUUCCCAUCAUUGCACAAGUUUUUUUUUUUAAAUAACAUAUUUUUAUAUGUUGUUUUUAAGUUUUUUUUAAAUAACACAUUCUGAUAUGUUAUGUUUUUAAGUUAUAAGUAAUAACAUUUUUAUAACCGUAUGACUUCAUUCCUAGAAUAUUUUGACUUUAUAACUUUUUCCCCAACCUAACAACCUGUUUUUUCUGUAAUAUUUGUUAAUAUUAAUAUUAUUCUAAUAUUAAUAUUUUCUGUAAUAUUUUUUUCUUUCUAUUUUUGUAAUAUUAUGACUUUAAUCCCAUCAUUGUACAAGUUUUUUUUUUUAAAUAACAUUUUUAUAACCGUAAAAAGGCAGCAAAAAUUGUAAAAAGUAUCAAAAAAAGUGGAUACUAAAAAACUGCUUUUUCCGCUUAUAAGACAAAGUUUGACUUUUUCUUGGAAUAUAUCAAAGCUCUUAUCUUCUCUUUUCAUCUGUCGGUAUGUGGCGCUUGCUGGAAAAAGUUUGGACACCCCUGAUUCAUAGCGUCCAGCAAAUAGAACUUGAACUUUUGGCGUCAUUCCGGACUUUGACUUCCCGACCUGGAUUCAUUUGUAAUGCUAAUCCUCUCAUGGCGUUGCAGCUGUGCGUUUAUUUUCACUUGGCGUGCGUGGGGGCCCGUCUAGAACCGCUGAACCGGAGUGCUCCAAAUACACCCGACACCGGUGGACGUGCUGGGCGUGAAUGUUUGAAUCCCUUUCACCACAGCGUUCCUCUUCCCUGGAAGAGCGCGUGACCACGGAGAAAAAGGAAAUCAUGUUGAACGUGUAAAAAAAAAAGCCAAACGGUGAAUUUGUACAAAUCUGGUUUCUGUUGUCGUAUGUGCUGUAUAUUUGUCUUAUGGCAUGUGUCGGACGGGACAACAGGAAAUGCGUCACAGGGUUCCUGGAUUUUUAUUUUGGAGUUGUGUGACUGUUACGGGAAUAUUUACACGACACAAAAAAUGGAAGUAAAUUCACACGGGAGGAGUCGUUUCAUGUCUAUAAGGAAUAUCUAACAUUAGAAAUUGCUUUUAUACAUUUUUCAGAAAGACUGCACUUGCCUCACUUGUACUUGGAAGCCUGUUUAUCUGUCCACACGUCAUCACCCAACACACACGCACACGCACACGCACACGCACACACACACGAGUCAGUCCCAGCUGUGGUGUUCUACUUUCUGCUUCUAAUUUCUGUUCUUUGUGUACUUGGGGCUUCUCAAAGUAGGAACUUCCUUUGCUUGCAGGUGGUUUCUGCCAGACGCCGUUUGACAUUUUAACGUGUGAUUUACACAAGUGAUUGUACUGUUGUGUAUUGUCCUGUAAACAUAUUUGAAAUAAACAUUCAGGGUUUAAAAAUCCCUUCUUGUUCAGUUGUACCACUUCCA